AAAAGAAGAACUCACUUGAAACCUAUCUUUUAACAUUCCUUCAACCAAGCGCGUUUUAAGACUUUGCGAAGAAAUUAUAUAGUAAAACAGCUCCCAUUUGCGCCUCUUGCCAAAACCUGUUACAGUAGCUCAUUGGCUUGUUGAUUUUUUAAAGACGAUUUACUCAGAUAUGGACGUACAACUAAACGGUUUCCACAAUAACAUCAUCGAUGAAGACUGUUUUCUUUUCACCUCUGAGUCUGUUGGCGAAGGACACCCCGAUAAGAUUUGCGACCAGAUCAGCGAUGCGGUGCUCGAUGCCCAUCUGAAGCAGGACCCUGAUGCCAAAGUCGCAUGUGAGACUGUUGCUAAGACUGGAAUGAUCUUGCUUGCUGGUGAGGUGACGUCCCGUGCUGUUGUGGACUAUCAGAAGGUUGUUAGGGAUACCAUCAAGCACAUCGGCUACGAUGACUCUUCCAAAGGGUUUGACUAUAAGACAUGCAACGUGCUGGUGGCUUUGGAGCAGCAGUCUCCUGACAUCGCUCAGGGUGUUCACCUGGACCGCAAGGAGGAGGAUGUGGGAGCUGGAGACCAGGGCUUGAUGUUUGGCUACGCCACCGAUGAGACUGAGGAGUGUAUGCCUCUCACUAUCGUACUUGCUCACAAACUCAACGCCAAGAUGGCCGAACUUCGCCGCAACGGCACCCUGCCCUGGCUCCGACCCGACUCAAAAACCCAGGUCACUGUUCAGUACAGGCAGGAUCGCGGGGCCGUUAUCCCCGUGCGCGUGCACACUAUCGUGGUGUCCGUGCAGCACGACGAGGGGGUGUGUCUGGACGAGAUGCGGGACGCCCUGAAAGAGAAGGUGGUGAAGGCUGUGGUGCCCAGCAUCUACCUGGACGACGACACCAUCUACCACCUGCAGCCCAGCGGACGCUUCGUCAUCGGCGGGCCCCAGGGAGAUGCUGGACUCACCGGGCGUAAGAUCAUUGUGGAUACGUAUGGUGGUUGGGGUGCUCACGGUGGUGGAGCUUUCUCUGGGAAAGACUACACUAAAGUGGACCGCUCUGCUGCCUACGCAGCCCGCUGGGUGGCCAAGUCUCUGGUCAAAGCCGGACUGUGCAAGCGUGUGCUGGUACAGGUGUCCUACGCCAUUGGUGUGUCCCAUCCUCUCUCAAUCAGCAUCUUCCACUACGGGACUUCACAGAAGAGUGAGGGAGAGCUGCUGGCCAUUGUCAAGAAUAACUUUGACCUCCGCCCUGGGGUCAUUGUCAGGUAUAGUGCACUCUCCUGGGGAAGCCAGCAGGUGCACCUGUGGUCUGAGGAGGAGGAGGUGGUGGGUGGAGUCAGUAACUGUGUUCUGAAGGUGGUGGGUGGAGUCAGUAACUGUGUUCUGAAGGUGGUGGGAGGAGUCAGUGACUGUGCUCUGAAGGUGGUGGGAGGAGUCAACUGUGUUCUGAAGGUAGUGGGUGGAGUCAGUAACUGUGUUCUGAAGGUGGUGUGUGGAGUCAGUGGUGUCAGUUUGCAGUGGCUGAGAUCAAUAAGGUGUUUUGUAGGCAGGGUGAAGGUAUUCGAGCACCUGUUAUUGUCGUUAGUAUGAUUAGUGUUAUUCCCUGGAGGAGGAACUGCUGAGCUGGAUUCUGAAUUGGAGAGAAUCAUGUUACUGUUCCGGUUUGUUUCACAUUUUGAUGGUUUCUCAUUGCGUCUCCUGUGUUCCAGAGAGCUGGACCUGAGGAAGCCUAUCUACCAGAGGACCGCUGCAUACGGCCACUUUGGCCGUGACUCCUUCCCCUGGGAAA